CACUCAGGGGCCGCACAUCCCAAGCUUGGGCGCCGUACACAACCUCAUGUUGGGUCUGCCCUGCCAGCGAAUCCGUUCGCUUACCAUCACCGCCUCUUUGCCCUAUAUCAUGGCCCCGUCCCGUCCGCCCGCUGCUCCUACCCGCUCUUGUGUCAUCUGGCACCCGACUCCAUCACGCCCCGACUUCCCCGGCUGGUCUACCCUUGCCUCCUGCAAUAAGCCCGUCUGCCCUACGCCACUGUGCUAAAUCUUAUCGUGUCUAGAUGACACAGUGAACCUCGCCCAUAUAACCCCCGCCUGGCCGCUCCCCCCAAGAGACGCUCUUCUUCAAGUCCUUCCUUUCUUCCCUCAACCCCUCCACCACCACCACCUCCUCCUCCUCCGCCGUCAAGACCAGUCCCUCCCUCGACCUCUCCACCAUGCUGAGCUGUCGCGCCCGUCAUCGGAGGGCUUCUGCCAGCCCGGAUGGCAACGUACCAUUCCCGGCGCAGCAGUUGUUCGUGCUAGCUCUAUGCCGCAUCGCCGAGCCGAUUGCAUUCAUGUCUAUUUUCCCGUACAUCUACUACAUGGUCUCGUCGUUCAACAUCACGACGGACGAGAAGCAGAUUGCCAUGUACGCGGGCAUGGUCACGUCGGCGUUUGCGUUUGCAGAAUUCAUGACUGGAGUCAUGUGGGGCAGGCUCAGCGACCGGUUCGGACGGAAGCCCAUUCUCCUCACCGGGCUGGCGGGCACGGGGCUGAGCAUGCUGCUGUUCGGCCUUGCGCCCAACCUGCCCGUUGCGCUGCUGGCACGCGCGUUGGGCGGGUUGUUGAACGGCAACAUCGGUGUGCUUCAGACGACAGUCGCAGAGGUGGUGACGGUCGAGUCGCAGCAGCCGCGCGCAUAUUCGAUCAUGCCAUUUGUUUGGUGUCUUGGCUCCAUCAUCGGGUCCGGUUUGGGCGGCACCCUGGCUGAACCCGCCAAGGGCUAUCCCAGCGUCUUCCUGCCUGGCUCCCUGUUCGACCGUUUCCCCUAUCUCCUUCCGAACCUGGUGUGCACCACGGUCGUCCUGUGCGGCCUUGUCAUUGGCCUCCUCUUCCUCGAGGAGACGCACGAGGACAAGAAGGACCGCUUUGACCCCGGCCUCGAGUGCGGCAAAUGGAUUUUGCGCAAGCUGCGCGGCCGCCCCGACGACAUGGCCCUGGCCGCAAAGGCCGGCUACAUUGAGCAGACCUGCUACUUGCUGGCUGAGGACUCCGAGGACGAGCAGCCCCCCGGCUACCACUCGACCGAGGGAUCGCCGCUGCUCGAGGCCUCGCGCUUUCAGGCCGCCAACGCGUCUUCGAUCCGCUCGCCACCACCAAGAAGGUCCCCGCAGCCGAAGCCGUCAAUGCGCUCUGCCUUUACUCCACAGGUUAUUCUGAACAUUGUCGGCUAUGGUAUCCUGGCUUUCCACACCAUCUCCUUCGAACAGCUCCUCCCUGUCCUGAUGAGCAUGCCAGAGUCGCACGAGCCGGCCCACUUGCCCUUCAGGUUUGUCGGCGGUUUCGCCCUGCCCGCAAAGACCAUCGGAUUUAUCCUCUCCUUUCAGGGGUUCAUGCAGAUGAUUGUUCAGGUCUUCAUCUUCCCCGUCAUCAGCCGCAGAUUUGGCAGUCUGACGACAUUCCGCGCCGUCAUCUUCGCAUACCCUUUCCUGUACGCCAUGACGCCAUAUCUGACUCUCCUUCCCACCAGCAUGCGCAUGGCCGGCGUGCUUCUGGUCCUCUUCUGGAAGGUCACGGCCCAGUCACUCUCCUACCCCUCGAACGCGAUCAUGCUGGCCAACUCGGCGCCGUCCAAGAAGGUGCUCGGCACGCUCAAUGGCGUAGCUGCCUCCUCUGCGAGUCUGUGCCGCGCCUUCGGCCCGACGGUCUCUGGUCUCAUCCAGUCUGCUGGUCUCAGUCUGGGUUACUCUGGUCUCUCGUGGUGGGCGUGCGCCCUGGUGGCCACUGUCGGCGCCACUGAGAGUCUGUUCAUGAGGGAGGUGAAGACGCGCUUUGAGAAGGUGGAAAGCAGCGAGUACGAGACGGACGAGGAGAGCGGCGAGGCGCUCCUUGACCCCAACGCGCUGAGCGCGUCGUACAUUGCGGCCGAUGGCAACCCGGUCCAGGGGCAAACCUUGCACGAGGGUGUUGAGGAAGACCACUCGGGCGCCUCGAAAGAACAGUAUUAACGACAGUGCGGACGGAUUCACGCACACUCAACAAGAGGGGGGUAAUGGAAAGCGUAGAAAAGGGGCAUUACGAGUGCCAAAAAGGGGGGGCAUCUGGAGUUCAGGGAAAGGCAUGAUACCAGGCAGUUCACGGGCGACUGCUAUGACGAUUUCCCUAUUUUAGCGAUUUGUUUUUUUGUUUUUGUUUAUUUGCUGUCCCCUUUCCCCCCCUACCUCGAUGGACGUUUUUCUCUCUCAUACACUCACACACACACAGAACUAGCAUCAGGGCGGAGUUUUGGGCGAUUGAUUGAUUGAUUGAUUGUUUUUGAUUGAUUUGUUUGAUUGGUUUGUACUAGAUAGAGCAUGGGGGCGCAAGGCUCCAUUGACAGCAAAGGGAGGGCCGGGGACCGGGACGUGGCGCUUGGGGGUGGGAACAGCUGGAGGGUGGAAGGUUGGGCUGUAGGUAGCCAGCAAUUGACUCAGCUUCCGUCACAGCCG